UCAUCCCUGUGUGCAAUCUGGAACAGAAGAUGUUAUUUAUAGAUACAGAGACUGUACUCUUUCGUCAUGCUCAGUACUCAGUUUUGUUGACGUACACCAAAGCAUAUUGAUUUGCUCAACUGGAUAAAAUGCCUAGAGUGAUGGCAGGGUUUUCCAAAGUGUGCAAACCCUAAAUGACAAUGAGGUGUCGUGGUGAAAACAUGUUCCUACUGAAUACGGCCGUAUUUCUCGCCUAUCCAACAUUUCUAUCAGGUCAAGCCUCUACUAAUCUUGCCUUGAGGAAACCAACGGCAGAAAGCAGCUUCUACGGUGUCAACUCAAGUGGAGCAGUAGACGGCAACAACGAUCCGGGCUGGGGCUCCAUGUCCUGCUUUCAAGCCAAGGCUAGUGAUUCAGGCCCUUGGUGGCAAGUUGAUCUACUUGGCUACUAUGCCAUCACAACAGUAGUGGCCACAGCACGUACUGGUGGUUGUUGCGAUACACGUCUUCAUGACUUCUAUGUGGAAGUGUUCGACUUUAAUCCCAUCCAGUUUCCGUCCCAGCAGGCUCGACUAUGCUUGUUUCACGAGGGCGUGGUCCUUGCAGGCGCACCAGUGACUCUGCCUUGUACCACGGUGUUCACGGGACGUUAUGUCAAACUAAGACGUAAAUUCAAGGGUCCCGGGGACGACAGAUUUACAAUUUGCGAACUCGAAGUGUACGGGCCGGACUCAUGCAUUACAAGCAGCAGUUAUCGGCGAACACCAAACAAAAAGAUGGCCUCAAGCAACAUUAUCACGCCCUUACUUGGAGCGACUGUUGAACGGUGUGCCCUCUUAUGUACAGAGGAUUACGACUGUUACAACUUCAACUUCAACCGUCAAAGUAACGUCAACCCUUGCGAGAUAAUCCACGAUGGAUCUACAGUUGCCGACAAUGGAGACUGGGAUCACUAUUCUCUUCUGAUGUAAUUGAGGCCCCGUGACCUGGGACGCUACUAUUUGUAAUUGUUACCUCCCUUGGACGUGUCAGGAUCCACUGGUAUUGGGUUUUAAUUCCAGUUGUGGCUGUAUUAUAAUCCUUGGUCAGUGAGUACUCUGUCACCAGUUACCAAAGGUGACUUUGCCAAGUGAUCAUACAGAGCAUUUGAAUUAUUGAAUUGCUGUUUACAUUUUUUAGAUAAGGACGUUGCUGUUUUCAAUGUAGAGCACGGUGAGCCUGAAGCAAACAAAUUAAAUUUACGCAGCAAUAAAGUGUGCAUCCCUGAUGAAAAUUAACAUUAGGUUUAGUUCUAUACCACUCGUCACACCUGCCAUUCUGACGUCAUGGAUUGAUACGAACGGCGCCAUUUCCAAGAUGUCUCUUGUCACUAAAUCAUAUUUAGUAGCAUAUGCUUGUACGAUUGUGCAUGUCACUGUUUCAAAGUGGCUGCGGACAAUGAUUGCAAAAGAGGUAUUAAUAUAUUAGUUGUGUGUUUUAGCAAUGAGCUUUCCUUUAGACCCCCGAAACACGGUCGACACUCAAGACAGUCUAAAACAGACAUAUGGUUAUUGAGCAUGCUGUAAGCGUGGAGAUGAGCGCAUUAUAAAUAUAGUAUUAUAUUUAUUAUUAACAUAUUAUAUUACAAUCGGCGCGUAGCAAGCCAACUUUUUCGUGUAAGCCCGAGUUUAGAUCGUAUUGAGGGUCUGCCAAACCUUUUUAGCAACAGCAUGUGUAAGCCCGGGCUUUUUUAUAUAAUGGUAGCUACGGCCCCAGUUGUGUGUGCAACAUGAAGUUAACGGUAUGUAACAAGAUGUCAGAGUUCUAUUUUACCGCUUGUUCAGCUUGACCUGAGCUAGUCUACAUACGCAUGACCCGGGAGGUCAAAUGGCACAAACGGCUGGUCGAGUUGACUUCAUUUAACAGGGGAGCAGAGAAUGUUAUUAAUGUUGCGUUCGUGGGAAACAUGCACACGUGGAUUCGUUAUAGCGCGAUUCGGAAACAUUUAACCAUCUGUAGCUUCUUUUUUAAAGAAAGUUAGGACAUGACUGACGAUUUUUCGACACAGAGAUGUCAAACGGCGACCUUGUCUCGGCUGUUCGACCAUGUUGACAGUCAACUGACA